AUAGCGUCCGAUACCCCUGAAGCCAACCUAAGUGGCUGGAGGAAUUUUUGUGUGUACUGUGCAUAGAAUGUACUCUGGCACCGUACAGAUGCACUUCUUUUUGCUUUCCAAGAAACCUAUUAUGCGCAAAUUAAAUAAAUCCAGGAAGAACCAAUAACUAUGGGAAAACAGCUUCAAAAAUAUAUAUCCCCGUCUCCUUGUCACAAUCACUUUGCCAACAGCUUAAGCAAACACAAAACAAAACAAAAACAGGAAUAAUCAUGUCAAUAAUAUAUACACUAUUUCCAUCAAAACAUGAUCCCCGCCCCUUAAAAAUAUAUGGAGUGAGUGAUGAUGAUGACACAUGUAAGCAAUUUCCAUUGUGCAUGCCCUGGGGAGUUCCAAGACUGGUCUAUGAAAGAAGGUGAGCUUUCCAUUUACGUUUCAGUUUACAAAAGGGAUGCAAGACGAAUAUGGAGAAGCAUUUGUUUUGAAACACAGAAUCUCCCAAUACGGAGAGCCUAGGGCUGAAAAUCUAAGCACACUUACCUGGGAGUAGGGCUGGGCGAUAUAUCAAUAUAUUGUCCCAACCGGUUUGAAGUUCAUAUUGUGAUACUGGAUUCACGAUUUUUGACCAGGUGUAUAUUGUGAACCAUGAUGUGUGUUAGGGCUGAGAGAUGUCUGGCUUUCAACAUUAUGAUAUAUCACCAGCUAAACAUUGUGGUAUACCAAUAUAUCAUGAUGUCUGAAAUAAGGAUGUAACUAUGGAGAGGAAACUGCUACUACUUAGGGGUCUAAAUUGUUGGGGGUUUUUUACUUCCCUUUAACAUAUUGUUACAACUGUUAUUUUAUAGUACAGAGCAACAGGGACAGAAGGAAUCAUGAGAGAAGUGAUGUCUGACUUCACAAUUUUUGCAAAAUUGUGCAAAAAAAUCACAAUUUUUUACACAGCACAUGCACACAUUGUGAUUUGCAAUAUAUCACCGUGCUAAAUAUUAUGAAAUUCCUCUUACCAUGGCGUGAUGUUAAAACUGAUUUUUGACACCGUUUGACAUUGCUCUAGUGUGCUUCUCUGUGUUCUAUGCAAAAAACAUGAUUCAGGAAAUACCAGAAGCCAGCCAGUGUCUCUACAGAGUUCCAUCCUUAUUUCAGACAUUGUGAUCUAUCAGUAUACAGUGGUACCUCGGGUUAAGAACUUAAUUCGUUCCGGAGGUCCGUUCUUAACCUGAAACUGUUCUUAACCUGAAGCACCACUUUAGCUAAUGUGGCCUCCUGCUGCCGCUGCGCCACCGGAGCACGAUUUCUGUUCUUAUCCUGAAGCAAAGUUCUUAACCUGAAGCACUAUUUCUGGCUUAGCGGAGUCUGUAACCUGAAGUGUAUGUAACCUGAGGUACCACUGUAUCAUGAUGUUUAGCUGGUGAUAUAUCGCGAUGUUGAAAGCUGGAAAUUGCCCCGCCCUACCUGGGAGUAACUAGGUAUGCAGACGUGGGUGGCGCUGUGGGCUUGCCGAUCGGAAGGUCAGCAGUUUGAAUCCCCGCGGCGGGGUGAGCUCCCGUUGCUCAGUCCCUCCUCCUGCCAACCUAGCAGUUCGAAAGCACGCAAGUGCAAGUAGAUAAAUAGGUACUGCUCCAACGGGAAGGUAAACGGCGUUUCCGUGCGCUGCUCUGGUUUCGCCAGAAGUGGCUUAGUCAUGCUGGCCACAUGACCCGGAAGCUGUACGCCGGCUCCCUCGGCCAGUAAAGCGAGAUGAGCGCCGCAACCCCCAAGUCGGCCACGACGGGACCUAAUGGUCAGGGGUCCCUUUACCUUUAUCUGGGAUUAAAUCCCAUUGAAGUGAAUUCAAUGGAGCUUAUUUUUGAGUAGACACAUACAGCACUUUUUCCCUUUAAAAAUGUUUAGGGGUACUCUCAUUUUGACUCAAGAAAAUCACCAUUUUAUAGUUCAAAUCAGGAAAAGUAAAUACAGCAAAUGGACAAAAGUACAAAGAUUCACAAAAUGUUUAGGGGGAUGCGCACCCCUGCGUCCCCCAGAAAAAAGCACUGGACACGUAUAGACUGCAGUGUUCAUCGCUUUAACAGCCGAGGGUUGCUGUUGUUUCUGCAGCUUCAAUAAAAGACUUCAUUAAAAAGGGAAAAGGCAAACAAAACUGGUCCUUGUAAGAAAAAAAAGAUUCAUUCCACAAUGAUAACAUCUCUAACCCAAGAGAAUGACUACAGCAUCAAGGCAGUGACCAGUAGUCUCCAGGGGUAAGGUAUAAAUUCAAUAAUUUCUCACCACCCACACCUCGGACUGUAUGUGUCAUAGCAUCACUUUCAUGUGAUCAGAUUGACCUAUGAGCAUCCUUAAGGUAGCAAACUCACUGGGUUCAUCAAAAGCAUCCAGUUUAAGAGCCACAGAAAGGCAGAGAGCUUCUGAACAGGCCAAAAUCUUCAGCAAAGCUCCCUUCCUGUGCUCCCUUAGUGAACCCCUAGGUAGUUUUCAUUGUCCUUAAAAAGGUUCAUAUUAUAGCUAGGGAUGGCUGAAUCGGUCAGUUUGGGUAUCUCUUAGUUUCUCAUUUUCCCAAUUUUAACUUGCUUUCCUUUUUAAAUAUAUAACCCUCAUGAAAUUCCACCAGCAUUUGGGUCAGGGGUCAGCAACCCGCGGCUCCGGAGCCGCAUGUGGCUCUUUUACACCUUUGCCGCGGCUCCGGGGCGGAUACUAGCGAGGGGAGGAGGCGCAUUGUGCGCCCCAACACUCCCCACUGUGGCGGGCGCUGUACUGGCUGUGACGUCGCAUGGGGGCGGUGCGUGCGUUAGUCACGCACCGUCCCGACGUCACCUUCCCGCCCACUGUCAGAUCGCGGCUCCGGAGAUAUAUUUGUUUUAAAUGUCGCAAUGGUUUUGCGGCUCCCGGUUUUUUUUUCUUCGGAAACGGGUCCAAGUGGCUCUUUUUGUCUUAAAGGUUGCAGACCCCUGAUUUGGGUUCAGAUUUCUCCUGAUACAGUAUACACAUUUGGCAGGCAAUUUUGCCCGAAUACAAUGCAUUUUUGUUUGUUAUCCUCUUUAUUAUGCUCUUUUUGUGCACAUUUCUUCUAACAGUCACAUUUUUGUAGGCAAAUUUCUUUUUUUUUUAUAAGAUAUUUAUUAUGACUUUCAAUGUUUUACAAAACACACAAAAAUAAAGAAAGAAAAAAACCAAGAAAAAAUACAAAGUAAAAAUAUUUAAAAACAAUUCUUUCCUUCCAUUACUUGACCUUCAUUUGCUUAUUUCCAGGACCUCCUCACACCUUCCUUUUUUGUAUUCCAGUUCAGUUAUUUUGUUCAGCACAUCCCUCCCCUCUUUUAGUAUCCUAAUCAUUAAUCAUAAAAAUAUUGUAAUUUUAGAUUUUUACAUAUUACAUAAUAAACCCUUUUUUUCAUCUUCCCUUGUAACCUUUCAGCUAAAGACCACUUAGUUUCUAUCCAACAUCAUUCUAACAUUCAUUAAUUUUACAAUAUUUCUGUAGAUAAUCUUUAAACUUUUUCCAAUCUUCCUCCAUCGACUCUUCUCCCUGGUCUCGGAUUCUGCCAGUCAUUUCCGCCAGUUCCAUAUAGUCCAUCACCUUCAUCUGCCAUUCUUCCAAGGUGGGUAGAUCUUGUGUCUUUUUGUAGGCAAAUUUCAGAGACGUGUGAAUUUCGCAAGGUAGCUGGGGUUUCGGUUCACAUUUCGUUUCGGGAAGCGUGAAUCUAGUAGGGAACCAAACUGAUCUUCUCCCCCAUCAUCCCUCAUGUGCAGGAUGGAUAGUAGCUAUUCACAUUUUCCAUGUUCUGUAGAAAGCCACUUCCGACAUCAGGAGGAGGUGGGGUUGCGGGCUCACGCCCCCAACGCGCACGCGGGCUGGUUUCUAGCCCCGCGCGGUCAGGGAAUCCUCUGGCCACGUCAUCCCCUGAGCCAGCCAAUCGACUGGCUCAGGGUGUUAAGUUGUGGGUGAACAUAUCAGACGACACAGCGAUUCUUCAAACAGCUCUUGUUUAUUCACAGGCCAGAACAGAACUGAACUGAAGGGUUCAGGCAGCCUGCUUAUAUAGAGCGCCAGUACAAUGUAACUGUAACAAUUUUCUAAAACUAUCCAAUCACUGAACGUCACUUUCGAUCCCUUAUUUGCAUAACUAUCUACAGUAUCCCCCUGCUGGCCCAGGGUGAGAACUUCAGUACAUAACACCGGGGGUGUGGCUUGCCGCACUUAAGGCAGGCGCGGCCCCGGGAUCUCCCUCUUUGGUCCGCGCAGCUGAUGUGGUUUCCCACCCACCCUUUAAGGUUUCCCUUCCGACCUUGCUAUGGACCUCAGUUGGUCGCCGUCAAGGGGCCUGGUAGGAGUUUUUUCCACUUGGCAAAUUGGCACGGGCCAUUUGGUUUUUCGCCUACCUCGUAGCAAAUCGUCACAACUCAUUGGUUUUGGCGGUUAGGCAUUGGUAGAGGUAUUGUUAUGUAGAUGUGUUGGGGGGAGGAGCGCCAUCACCUCCCCCACAUAUUGAAUGGUAGUCCGGUAAAGGAUUCCAGGGGGCAUUGUCUCGUCCAAAGCCUAUGGAGGUCAGGGCCUAAAGCAUGCCCCCGUUCGGUGACCCCGGGGGAGUCCCUAGUUGAUGUGCAUCAGCAGGGCUCCCCCUGCUGGUGUUAACCCUUCCCAGUUUCCAAGCUAACAGGCUGAAGCCGGAUAGCCUGAUAGGACCAAUGCCUGUAACCAAUAAAGUUGUGGCCAGUUUUAGCCCAUUGACCUUAAAUAAUUGUUUCCUGUGGCUUUAUUCAUACUGGGGGGAGGUGGGAACUCACCAUGCAAAUCCUGCACAUAGACUCAUAGACUUAUGGAGUUGGGAGGGACCAUGAGGGUCAUCUGGUCCAACCCCGCAAUGCAGGAAUCUUUUGCCCAGCAUGGGGCUCGAACCCACGACCUUGAGAUGAAGAGUCUCAUGCUCUACCAACUGGGCUAUACGCACUAGCUGUUUGAAGGGUUUGGCCAGUUUGGCACUGCAGUUCCACAUGCUGUUCUACCAGGCCUCCUGUGAACUGCAGAGAGCUGUACGUUCUGAAACUUUUAAUGCUAAUCAUGGGAUUUUAUGGUAUUGUAUAUUAUUGUGUUUUUUACCCCAUACGUACCCAGGAAUGCUCUCUAUAAUAAGAAUCCCCACGAGGGCACAGACUUAAGAGACUGAAACCUGAUACUGAUACAAACAGUCUGGAAAUUAAAAGGCAUGAGUUAUGAAGCCACAUUCUGGAGCCUUGAGGUCAUCCCCACCUCAUUGUCUCAGCUCUUUUUCUGCAAAGCAUCUUGGCUGCCAGGCUUUUGUUUCCUUACAGGAAGAUGACUACAUCCCUGUCCUUGCCUCGUGGCCUUCGCAGUUUAUAAAAAGCUCUCCUACUGAUGCUUUGCAAUAUGAGAGAGUUAUAACGGCUUCUUAACAAUAACUACCAUGCUCAUUUUGUCCUUUUCCCUCCAACCCUGGAUUUUGCCUUUUAAGGUGCAGCAAGUUUAUUUUUUUAAUUAUUUAAAUUUUUAUCAGUGGCCAUCAGGAAGACAUGUUUGUAUAGAUGCAAUUCACACACACACACGCAAAUAAAUAGCUCCUGCUCAGCUGUGUGUCAGCCACUUUUUAUGUCAAAUCUUUUUAAAGUUUUACACUGCAAAUUUAAAUUCAGAUAUUAAGCAUCAAUAUCAUCAUUUAGGGUUCCCCGAAUCCUUCGACUCCCCUCCACCCUUCCAUGAUUAUCAUUAUUAAUCUUUUUCCAACUGCUUCUCUUAUUUUCUCUAUUUUUCUUAAAUAAUCCAAUUUUUACCAUAAUUCUUAGUACAUUACAAGCGUUACUCAAAUCCUGGUGUGUCAGCCACUUUUAAAGCUGUUGUUAUCCCAAUCCCAAAGAAGGGCAGUGCCAAAGAAUGCUCCAACUACUGCACAAUUGCACUCAUUUCACACGCUAGCAAGGUUAUGCUUAAAAUUCUACAAGGCAGGCUCAAGCAGUAUGUGGACCGAGAACUCCCAGAAGUGCAAGCUGGAUUUAGAAGAGGCAGAGGAACCAGAGACCAAAUUGCAAACAUGCACUGGAUUAUGGAGAAAGCUAGAGAGUUCCAGAAAGAAAUCUACUUCUACUUCAUUGACUAUGCAAAAGCCUUUGACUGUGUCGACCACAGCAAACUAUGGCGAGUUCUUAAAGAAAUGGGAGUGCCUGAUCACCUCAUCUGUCUCCUGAGAAAUCUCUAUGUGGCACAAGAAGCUACAGUUAGAACUGGAUAUAGAACAACUGAUUGGUUCAAAAUUGGGAAAGGAGUACGACAAGGCUGUAUAUUGUCUCCCUGCUUAUUUAACUUAUAUGCAGAAUUCAUCAUGCGAAAGGCUGGGCUGGAUGAAUCCCAAGCCAGAAUUAAGAUUGCCGGAAGAAAUAUCAACAACCUCAGAUAUGCAGAUGAUACAACCUUGAUGGCAGAAAGUGAGGAGGAAUUAAAGAACCUUUUAAUGAGGGUGAAAGAGGAGAGCGCAAAAUAUGGUUUGAAGCUCAACAUCAAAAAAAUGAAGAUCAUGGCCACUGGUCCCAUCACCUCCUGGCAAGUAGAAGGGGAAGAAAUGGAGGCAGUGAGAGAUUUUACCGUAUUUUUCGCCCUAUAGGACGCACUUUUUCCCCUCCAAAAAUGAAGGGGAAAUGUGUGUGCGUCCUAUGGGGCGAAUGCAGGCUUUCGCUGAAACCUGGAGAGCGAGAGGGGUCGGUGCGCACCGACCCCUCUCCCUCUCCAGGCUUCAGGAAGCUAUCCGCAAGCCGUGGGAGCCUGCAGGAGUUCCCCCGGGCUCCCCCGGCUUGCGCAGCACUGCCUCUUAUCCCGAAGCUACCCGAAGCGACUGCUGAGCCUCGCACCUUGGGGGGGAAAUAAAUUUUUUUUUCUUUAUUUCCCCUCCAAAAAACUAGGUGCGCCUUAUGGGCCGGUGCGCCCUAUGGGGCGAAAAAUACGGUACUUUCUUGGGCUCCAUGAUCACUGCAGAUGGUGACAGCCGUCACAAAAUUAAAAGACGCCUGCUUCUUGGGAGAAAAGCAAUGACAAACCUAGAUAGCAUCUUAAAAAGCAGAGACAUCACCUUGCCAGCAAAGGUCUGUAUAGUUAAAGCUAUGGUUUCCCCUGUAGUGAUGUAUGGAAGUGAGAGCUGGACCAUCAAGAAGGCUGAUCACCAAAGAAUUGAUGCAUUUGAAUUAUGGUGCUGGAGGAAACUCUUGAGAGUCCCAUGGACUGCAAGAAGAACAAACCUCUCCAUUCUGAAGGAAAUCAGCCCUGAGUGCUCAUUGGAAGGACAGAUCCUGAAGCUGAGGCUCCAAUACUUUGGCCACCUCAUGAGAAGAGAAGACUCCCUAGAAAAGACCCUGAUGUUGGGAAAGAUGGAAGGCACAAGGAGAAGGGGACGACAGAGGACGAGAUGGUUGGACAGUGUUCUCGAAGCUACCAGCAUGAGUUUGACCAAACUGCAGGAGGCAGUGGAAGACAGGAGUGCCUGGCGUGCUCUGGUCCAUGGGGUCACGAAGAGUUAGACAUGACUAAAUAACUAAACAACAACAACAUCUUAUCCUAAUUUACAAAGCCCCUACAAAGGUAGCCUCCAUAUUGCAAGUGGGUUAUGCAGUCAGAGCAUUACCCAGUUCUGAAUUCUCUGGUGGGAUAACUUUGGUGACAUUCACAGGAAGAACAAUUUCACGCAGAUUCCCAUGUGAAAGAGGUGAAGCAAUGUUGCGUAUAACCAAUUUGAGCCUAAGUCUCACAGGUGGUAAACCUGAAGAGACUUCGCACUUCAGAUUUCUGGAGUGGGAGGCAAGCAGGGCACAAUGGAUGGAUCACUCAGGAAAAAUACGUUAUUACACUUGAGAAAUAAAGCAUAUCAAGAGAAGACUAGGCUAGACCCAUUCUUGGUGUCAGGUCUUCCCUAUAUUCUUAACCAAAUCCCUUCCAUGGGUCCUAUUGUCAACAUUUCCAGCCGCAUAUUGUUUCGUAGUCUAUGUUUUUUAUCUGUCCAUGUUAUCCAUGGUAUUUGUUACAUUACAAGUGAGAUUAAAAUCCUGCUAAUGUUUUCAUCUGCUUACAGUGGUCUCCUAAAUAAAUUAUAACCCCCCCAUUCUUUAUUGAAUUUCUUGGUCUUUGAGUUUCCCGGUCAGUUUUGGCAUUUCAGCUUAGUCUAACAGCUUAACUUGCCAUUCCUCUCUGGUAGCGACUCUUUCUUCUUUCCACCUCUGGGCUAAUAGCAUAUGUGCUGCUGUUGUGGCAUACAUAAAAAGUCUUUUCAGUUCCUUUGGAAUGAAGGGGGCUCUUUGCUCCUGCGGUACAACACCUGUCUGGUCACAGUGUACAUAGGAUGUCACUAGCUUGUUAAGGUAGGAUGCACCUACCGAUCUAAUCCUCGUGUCAGAUUUUCCUAUUAAAGGCCUAAGAGUCCCACACAACCCCAGACUACCUCUUAGAUUCAGAGAAGGUAUUGUGGGACCCUUGCCAGUAGGGCUUCGAGUUCCUUCUGAACACUCAAGCUUUCUCUAACUACAGUACUUUAGCCAGUGUGGUGUAGUGGUUAAGAGCGGUGGACUCAUAAUCUGGUGAACCGGGUUCGAUUCCCCGCUCCUCCACAUGCAGCUGCUGGGUGACCUUGGGCUAGUCACACUUCUCUGAAGUCUCUCAGCCCCACUCACCUCACAGAGUGUUUGUUGUGGGGGAGGAAGGGAAAGGAGAAUGUUAGCCGCUUUGAGACUCCUUCGGGUAGUGAUAAAGCGGGAUAUCAAAUCCAAACUCUUCUUCCAUGGGGCUUCUCUACUUAAACCCUUUGGCAUUCCUCAAAGCAUAGUGGUUCCCUUCCACUCUUUUCUUCCUGGCUCAUUGCUGGACUUACCAACCCAGGACUCCUUUCUUAUUCUCUCUUGCUCUCGGGCUUCCCUCGCAGCCCCCUCCUCUUUCUCUGCUAUCCUUCUCCCCCUUUCUCAUCCAUCUGUAAAUCCUUCCCCAGUCCUUUGGUCUGUGCACCAUCUCCCUAGGACCUCUCCUUUACUCUCCCGCAUCCUGCCUUUUCUGCAGCUGCUACGAGCAUCUCUGUAAUGCUCCACAGCUGCUGCUGCUGUCCUGUUGCUUCAGUUCCAGCCCACCUGUGUCUUCCAUACAGCGAGCUGGGAGAAGAGCCAUUUGGGCCGCAGCCGCAGCCUCCUUGUUCUCCGGACACCUGGUUUAAUAGCAUGAAUUCUAAAAUCAGCUGGCUUAUCAGGUUUUAGUGUCACUGAACGCCUCCCUUCCAAUAAAAUUUAUGGGAAGCUGUUCUCCCUGUCAUUAUUUGAUUCAAGUAAAUUGACCAAAUCAUGCAUUUAUGUAUAUUUAUAUGUUUUAUAAAACGCUGCUACAAAUUUACUGGGUUUUGUUGUUUUUCCGUUUCUGGAUAAUGACCUAACCUUCAUCAUAUUAUGGGUGCAUUUAAUAUUUUGCUGUGCUUAUUGUUUUUGGGUUUAUGCCUACUUUUUCAUAUAAUUAUCAACAUCCUUGGUGUCUGGUUUGGGGAUUUAGAUACAUUUCCAAAAUAUUGAGUGAAGAAGUCUGCCAUUUGCUCCAAAUUACGAAAUCUCCCCAUAUCAUGGCUGAUUACUGAUAUUCUGUUUCUGGUAAUGCACUUUUCCAGACAACAAGCUGAUAGUUUUGAUUGCCGAACACAUAAUACCAUUGUUUGAUGUAUAGUAAUUGAACCGUAAUUUUAUCUAGAUGCAGUGACUUCAAUUCUUUUCUUUUAGCAACUGAGUCAUUCUAUACCAUUUUCAUUCUUCCAGUUCUGUGUUUGUUCUAAAUCUUUUAUUUGUUCCACAA